UUGCAGGUUCGUAAUGGUGAACCACAAAAUCUCGUUUUUACGGUACCAGUGACGAGCCAGCAACUAACGCAUAAUUAUCAAAUUCGAGUAGCGAAUGAUCGAUUUGUUGUUGACGAUAGCAUUAUUGCCGUUUCGAUGCAUAAUUGCGUGCUCCCAUCAUCGCAUCGACCACAUACUGACCUGCUCGAUUUGGAUCCUUUGCCUGUAACAGUACUGAAAAAUAAGAUGUUCGAGUCGGUUUACAAUUUUCAAUAUUUCAAUCCAAUACAAACUCAGGUUUUCCAUUGCCUAUACAAUACGGAUCAGAACACACUGGUCGGCGCCCCAACCGGAUCCGGCAAAACAUUAUGUGCCGAACUUGCUAUGUAUCGCAUUUUCAGUAAGCAGCCGGACAAAAAGGUUUUUUUUUCUAAUUGCGACUUUUUUACCGUUAUUGAUGAAAAGCAAAAAAAAAAUACAGUACUGUAUUUUCGGCUAGUUGUCUCUGUUUUUCAUUGGAGCAAUCAGACAGCUAGUAGGCUGAAAUUUUAUGAAUAUUUGGUGCACAGGCGGCCACAUAAGCAUGAAAACAGCCUUCACGUUCAUCGUUGUCUUACGCAGUGA